GAACAAAGGUGCAUUUUCUCCAGCCAGUCUGUAAUGUUCGGAGAAAUUACUCAGCGUCUGACGCAAACGGUGUUGCAUAAAAAAAGCCGUCCCACGCACAUUGCUCAAGCGUACCGCUACAUUCACGCGAAAGGCGGAACGGAAAAUCAUUCAGGUAACUUUUGACUGCCGAAAAGGGAAACUUGCGUGGCCACUUAGUGUCUCGCCAUGGUUCACAGGCGUUGCUUGCGGUGUGAUCAACCGGUUCUCUCGGUGCCAUACUGCAGCCAGUGCUGGCCUGGGAACCGGCAGACCUUCUCCCAAGAGAUGCCUUGGGAUCCCAACGGAAGCCACCACGAUGUGGUGCCUGACGCCAUCCCCAUACCUCACAGCAGGCGCCACGAAGUUAUUGCAGCAUUACACAAUUCUGGGACGUCCGGUGAUCGCCAACAGGACAGCGCUGAAAGAAACCUGCACAAACCUGCGCCUGCAACCAGGGAUGCUGGUACCAUGACAGAACCACAACAGAGGCGUUCAAGCUACAACAAACCCGCGUCUCCACACUUGGAUUCUCACCACUCCGAACAGCAAGGGAGAAAAGCGAUGCUUGGGCAUACCACAGAGAAGCCUGCACGCAAAUAAGAAAUGCAACUGUUUUUACUUUGAGAAUUACGUUGUGGUCCAGCACAAGAAACAAGUGGUGGAAAAGGAAGUCCCACAUUGGGAAAUGAACAGCUCCUCCAUAUGACUAGGAAGGAAUGUUAGUGUUUUCACACAGUGCGAUGUAAGGACCACCCUGGCAGAAGUGGCCAAUGUCCAAGCCGACCAACGAAUUUGCAAGUCCACAGUGUCGUGAACAAAAGGCACAAAGGCAGCCACACCAAGUGUUUGCUCCGCUUCACCUUAGCAGGCAGCGGUGGCCACUGUGGCUGGUACUCGACGCAUCCUUCCACCUGCAUUUUAGAAAAACGACGACAAUGUGAUGUCUGCUUUGCCAUCCAGCGCCCACACAGCAGCAGCAAAGACAAGGAGGUGAACGACUGCAAGAACGCUACCUCAAAUUCUAGUAGAUGACAUAGUCAAAACUGGGAUGAAUUGAUAUGGCUACACAAAUGUGUGCGUGUGAUGUAGAUAAUAUCUGGAUGAUUAUGUACUAACUGAAGGAGAAGACUCCCAACAUUUGCAAAGCAUUACAUGAUACACCAAUUCUUUCGACGUAAAAGUGUGUUGACAAAGCAUGCAUCAAUUUAGUGAAUGCAUGCUUCCAAGGACAGCAAAUGUGCAAUGCCCGAUGCCUUACGCGCAUGUUGAACGAAGGCUGAAUUAUUUAUUUGCUUUAACACCUCAUGAGACGUUCUAGUAACUUUGCCAGUGCCUUAUGGCUGUGAGGCCUUUAUUGCCGUCUUUACUUCGCAUUCAUAGUACUGUACCUGAAUUAAUUUGCAGCUGACAAAUAGCACAUACAUAAUGGAAAGGCUACAAGCUUGUAUGAAAUUAGCAGAGCAGUACUAAUUAAGAUAAUUAAUUAGUUAGGAAACAAAUAAAAUACUUCCAAGGCAGGUGGUCACAAGAAAUAAAAAUUUUUUGUUGAUGCCUUA